GGUUUUAUGGGGUGUCCUCACUUCAUUACGCACAGGCACAGCCACCCGGCACAGGUUAAAAGCUGACCAUUUUUACGAUCCACAUAAUGCAAUGGAGGGAAGUUUAUAACCGGCAUUUAGACCGUUCCACGUAUCGAGAUAUGUAGUUGGACGUUGUGUUGCUUUAUUGGGAAAGGUGUUGUGUCUUUCCGCGGGUUUGUAUCAUGGGCGAGAUACUGCCGGAUGUUGUGCAUUAUGCGGAGAAGGAGUGUAAACAAUCGGUUUCACCGCAUUCCAAGACAUACGUUCCACAAGGCAUUGCGCCGCAUCAGCUGUUUGUGGGCGAUUUGCCAUCCCAUUUAACGGAGGAUGGUCUACGGGAGCAGUUUUGCCGCCUUUGGAUCGGUGCUGGACUGCCGAGUCAUCCGCGAUCCCCUCACGCAUAAGUCCAAGUGCUUCGGAUUUGUCCGCUUCGCGAAAAAUGAGGAAGCCGAAAUAGCCAUUGCGCAAAGCAGCAGCAUGUUUAUCGAUGGCCGCAAAGUACGCACAAACUGGGCGGUGAAGCGGGAUCCGGACUAUCCGCUAUCGCUCGAGCAGGUUUUAGUGCAAGCAUCACCCUACAACACAACAAUCUAUAUCGGCGGUCUCGGUCGCAACUUUAACGCGGAGUUCGUGCGGGGCAUGUGCGCCAUGUACGGACCCCUAAUGGAACUUCGACUCUUCCAGGACAAAGGUUACGCUUUCGUCCGCUAUGCUACUCGAGAGAGUGCGGCUGGCGCCAUACUGGGCAUCAAUAACAGCGAGAUCAACGGGUAUCAUGUGCGCUGCUCCUGGGGCAAGGAGAUGCGCGACCCAUAUAUUCUCAAGAUGGCCCGCACGAUGCCGACAUUGAUGGACGGCGGUUACACGCCCUGUACACUACCCAGUCACAUUACCGCAGCGUUUCCGCCGGCGCCGCCGCUGUGGCCCCUUAUACCGGCAGCGCCGCAGCCGCCUACCCAGAUCGCCACUAAUAUCGGCAACUACCACAUCUCUUUUCCCUACGCUACACCGCCUUUUUAUCAGACCAUACAGUUCUGAAUUACAGUUCACAAUGUUGGCAUAACAUUAGAGUAAGGGUACUAAUAAAGUGAGGCAACUGUCUUACUGCUAUAGUAUUAUGAUGACUACUAUAAUAAUAAUAUACAUUUUGAAUUGCCUGUUGGACUACUGAGUUUAAUGUCCACAUUCAAACCCGGAAACAAACAAUUGAAAAACCUUUUGAGUUAUUG